ACUUUUAUAAUCCUUCGCUGAACAACUGCGUAAAUUCUUUUAGAAAAAGUUAAUUACGCUAUCAAUAAACUUCAGAGAUCCGAUUGAAAAUAAUUUAUUCAGAAUAAUCAUAAAAUCAAGAAAAUGAUAAAUUCAUACAAAUAAAUUAUGUGUCCAUAAAUAAAAAUUGUGCAUUGAAAAAAUCAGUUCGAUUAUUGAUUUCUGCUUCGGAACGAAAUGUCGCGUUCAAAUUAUCGCGGCUGUCACGUCCAAGGCGUGCAACCUGCGUGCGACGAUUUUAUUUUUCUCCUUCGCAGUUGGUAAGAGUGCUUGGAAGAAGUUUUGCGGGAAGCCGCUAGGGAGAGUGGCCAAGGGGUUCCUUUUCUCUUCAUCAUGGCGGACGCAAAGAAAGCCCCUGCAAAGCCUGCAGUGAAGAAGACCAGGAAGGAACCGAAGGAUGCCUCCAAAAAUGUUAUGCGGGAGGUGAGGAUCCGCAAACUCUGUCUGAAUAUCUGCGUUGGAGAAUCUGGUGACAGACUUACACGUGCCGCGAAGGUGUUGGAACAGUUGACUGGUCAACAGCCAGUAUUCUCCAAGGCCCGUUACACUGUGCGUUCCUUCGGUAUCCGUCGUAAUGAAAAGAUCGCCGUGCACUGCACAGUUCGUGGAGCUAAGGCUGAGGAAAUCCUCGAAAGGGGUCUGAAAGUGCGUGAAUACGAGUUGCGCAGAGAGAACUUCUCUUGCACUGGCAACUUUGGUUUUGGCAUCCAAGAACACAUUGAUUUGGGUAUCAAAUACGAUCCAAGCAUUGGUAUCUAUGGUUUGGACUUCUACGUUGUUCUUGGUCGCCCAGGAUUCAAUGUAGCGCACAGGAGGAGGAAAAUUGGCAAAGUUGGUUUCCAGCACAGGCUCACAAAGGAAGAUGCCAUGAAGUGGUUCCAACAGAAGUAUGACGGUAUCAUUCUAGCUGGUAAAAAGUAAAUUACAUAUUUAUGUAUUUUACUACAAAAAUUAUGUUAAUAAAACACAAAAAAAAAUUUAAAAAUUA